AAAACGCACAUUGCGCCGGCUAAUUUUUGUUUUUUAUUUUGUUAAUUUGAUAAAUAAUAUUCAAUUUUUAAUAUUCAAUGGCUGUUUCUUGCUUUGACUUUUUGGGCUUUCAAGAGGCUCUAAAGAAGAUGCGCGAUGUAGAUGAUAAAAUUAUUUACGCUCUUAAUGCUCUGCCUACGGAAUCAUUCAAGGGUCAAGUGAAUAGUGAGAGCACAUGCAGGGAUCUGUACACUAAACUGCAGCAGUCACAUCUCGCACGGCAAACAAAUAUACGCAAUUGCAUAACCUUAUCAGCGGCAACAUUGAAGAAGCUUCGCGAGCAAAGGGAGGCACAGCCAGAUGAUAUGGACACCGAUAGUAAAUUCAAGGCUGAGCAGCGCAAGCUGAGGGUGCUGCAAGCGGAGCUUAAUGUGGAGGAUAUAAUUAAGGAACGGAGUUACAAGGCAUUUAAUGAACGCUGCAGGAAUUAUUUUCAUGCUGGCGAAUAAAUAUUAUGUUUGAUGCAAUAACAUAUGACAGUGAAGUUGUCAGCAUGCAAUGAAGGCAGUAAUUUAAAUUUUUUAGUUGUAAGUAAAAAUUAUAAA